CAUGGUUCGCCCCGACAUCGUGGGCAUGCUGCGUACUAUAUUUAGGCUCGAGAUCGUAUCAAAAAGUUUGGCCAAGACAAAGGAAGGUGUUUGCAGCAGUAUGUUCCUGGGUGGCCUCAUGUCAUUGAGGUGAAAGAGAUGAAAGCCACGGAUGAUACGAUCGACGAGGGUGCUGGUGAGAUCAGACUAUUGACCAAAGGUAAUAGAAGCCUCCCCUUCUUGUGUAGAGGAUGUACCAGAAGAUGCAACAGGUUUCGACACAAGCUCAACGAAAAAAAGUAUUACUUGUCGGCACCGACGAAAAAGGAAACCUUGAAUUUGGCCAAGUCUUCCCAAGAGACCCAUCAGUAUGGCCAAUAUCAUGUAUCGAAGAGAUAGCAAAGGGAAUAUCUGCGGAGUCCUCAAUGACUUUGAUCUCCCGUGGUUACUUCCUAUCAAGGAAGCCACAUCCCUUUGUCGCACGGGUACGCCGCCUUACAUGGCAUUCGACCUUCUCAGGGAACGAAAUGGUGGCCCACACCUUUAUCACCGUGAUUGGAGGUGUUAUUCUAUGUCAUGAUGUUAUGCUGUCACCACUCUAUCACUGAAAAACCUCAGCCCGGUGGCACAUCUCAACUGAAGUGUUGCAGGGUGUCAUCUAUGGAGAGGGGUAAGCAUGAGUUUGGUGUUUGACAGAUCUCAGU